AUUUUUGACAUCUACAUGGUCAUUGCUGACUAUAUCCCAAUGGGGGCAGACCGUGAAACCAUCACUCUGAAGGAAGGGCAAUACGUGGAGGUUUUAGACUCUGCUCAUCCUUUGAAGUGGCUGGUCAGGACGAAACCCACCAAGUCAAGCCCAUCAAGACAAGGUUGGGUUUCUCCAGCCUAUUUGGAUAAGAAGUUAAAGCUCUCUGCAGAGUGGGGUGUCCCUGAUGUUCCGGAGUUCCAUGGAGAAUCUGUUUCAGAGGAUGAAUAUCGGAAGAAAUUAAGCCUUAUCAUUCAAGACCUGUUGGGCACAGAAGAGGAAUAUGUCAAGGAUCUUCAGUUCCUCCAAACACACCACAUCCAGUUCACAGAGACUUGUCCUGCUGUCCCUGUUGCUGUAUCCAACCAGAAACCUGUUAUUUUCAGAAAUAUUACUGACAUAACACAGUUUCAUUCCAACACCUUCUUCCCAGAGCUUCAGAAGUGUGAUACAGAUGAUGAUGUGGCCAUGUGCUUCCUUAAAAAUGAAACUGAAUUUGACAAAUACAUCACCUACUUGGUGGGCCGAGUUCAAGCUGAGUCCAUUGUGGUCAGCAAAGCAGUCCAGGAAUUUUAUAAGAGAUACACAGAAGGGACAUUGGCCAGUGAGGAUCCUUCCCUGCCGCCGAUACUCCCUCUCCAACACUAUCUAGAGAGACCCAUAAACCGGAUCCAGAAAUAUCAAACAGCAAUCAAGGACAUGAUCCGAAACAAAGCAAGGAACACUCAAAACUGCGCCCUUCUGGAACAGGCCUACGCCAUUGUUUCCGCACUCAACAGGCGAGCAGAGAACAACCUUCAUAUUUCUCUCAUUGAGAACUACCCUGGAACUCUGGAAAUAUUAGGAGAGCCUAUCCGGCAGGGACAGUUCAUUGUGUGGGAAGGUGCUCCGGGGGCGCGUAUGGCUUGGAAAGGACAUAAGCGCCAUGCCUUCCUCUUCAAGGGUUACCUGCUCGUGUGCAAGCCAAAACGAGACACGAAGAUGGAUACUUACAGCUAUCUGUUCAAGAACAUGAUGAAGGUUGAAUACGCCCUUCCUUAA